AUGGCGACGAUGGCCGCGGGCGCGCCGAGGGCGCAGACGCUGCGGGACCUCGCGGAGGAGGGGAAGAAGCGGGCCGUCCUGCUUCUCGUCUUCGCCUUCGGGCUCGCCUUCCUCAUGUCCCGUGAGUCCUCCGGAACCCGGAUUUUCAUGUCUCUGCCAGUUCCGACCUUCGCUUCUGUCCCCAGUGGGAUGGUUACGAGCUCGUCAGUAUGGUUUAACCUGCCAUGUGCCACAGCUCUGAUUGUUUUGUUUCGCUACAUAUCGCUUGACUAUGACCUUCGUAGAAAGAGCACAACUAGCACAGAUCAUGCCAGUCAUUCACUUGUCAAAACAAAAAGUACUGAGGUAAAGAAAGUCCUCCAUCAGACUGAAAAUGAUGGAAAAUUAGACUGGAGGAGCAAGGUUAACUCGCCUCCAGUUGAAGCAGCAUUUGAACAGUUCACAAGGCACCUUAUCACAGAAUGGGUAACAGAUCUUUGGUACUCGCGUGUAACACCUGACAAGGAAGGUCCCGAGGAACUCAUCACUAUAGUUAAUACUGUCCUUGGGGAGAUUUCAGUUAGGGCAAGGAAUGUUAACCUUAUCAAUCUGCUGAUCAGGGAUUUGGUCGAUCUUAUAUGCAAUAAUUUGGAACUUUAUCAUUUCUGUCAAGCCAAGAUUGGAAGAGAGAAGUUUGUGAACCUUCCUUCAGAGCGUCGUGAUGCUGAACUGAAAAUGAUCCUUCUAGCUGAAAACAAGUUGCAUCCUGCUUUAUUUUCAGCCGGUGCUGAAUACAAGGUAUUAAAAAGUCUUGCUGAUGGAUUGAUCUCAAUCACAGUGAAGCCUCAGGAUCUACAGUGUACUUUCUUCCGGUGUACAGCGCGAGAACUUCUUGCUUGUGCAGUUUUGAGACCUGUUGUGAACUUAGCAAAUCCAAGGUUUAUAAAUGAAAGGAUCGAAUCCUUGGCUCUUUCGCAUACUAAUAAGCUGGAGAAAGGAGUUGCAGAAUCCUUGGAGGAUGCCACAACUGUUAAGCACGGGAAACCCCAUAUGCCCUCUAUUGAUGAAUUUUCGGCACUGACAGAUCACUCGAGUCCAGGUGUUGAACUCGUUCGAUUUCAUCAGGGCCAGUCCAAAACUGCAUCAGAUAUACAGCCCAGUAAAAGUACAAAUCCAUAUAGUCUAAAAUUAGAAUCCUCUCAUGCUUCUUUGAUCAGUAGUUUGCAUCCACUGGAGUCAACAAGUUUAGCUUCAUCUUCCCACGUUGCUUCGGAUAAUGGUUUUUCAUUGCAUACCAAAAGCAACAACAGAGCAACUGCAGAUGGUCAUGGUAGAGAGCGUGCACAGCCCUUGGGUAUCAGCUCUGAGCGAACACAUCAAGCUUUAGCACUUGAGCACCUUGAGAAUAUGUGGACAAAGGGAAAGAAUUACAAAUCAGAAAAUGCAAAACAUAUCACAAAAGUGUCUGUUGGAUCCGCUUCUCUAGGCUCGACUUCAGUUCAGCAAUCAGUUCCUUGCAGCACUUCAAUUUGUCAAAAUCCUAGUAAUUCUGAAAGACAAGCAGCGUCCGCUCAGUUGGAGGACCAGCAUUUGGUAAGACACUCAACUGCACCUACAUAUCCAAAUGGCAUACCGAAAAGCCUAUCUGCAGAAAUGGCAGAGCAUGCCGGCCCAGAAGACUUUGGAGUAGAGAGUGAGAGUUCAUAUGCCACUGAGGAUGAUGAAUUCAACAAUGUGACUGGACUUGAUUCUCCUGUUACCAGAGUUUGGGAAAGCAAAAGUAAAGGAAAUGCCACCUUAUCACAUAUACAUCACCCACUUGAGUCUCCUGGUUUCCAUAGAGCAAAGAAGAAUAGAAGUCAUGUGGGAAAACUGAAAAUGUCAAGAACUUCUUCAGGAAGAAAAAGGUCAAGGUCAAAUGCUCAGAAGCCUCCCAUCUGGCAAGAAGUGGAGAGAUCCUCUUUCUCUGUUGGUGAUGGUAUGGACAUACUAAAUACAUCUGCAAAUGAUUCAAAGACGGAUGAGCUAGACGAGGAUCCUGAGGUGGAAAGUAUGGCUAGGAUGUUUAGUAGUUCAAAUGCCUCAUCUUUAUCAUUGCCAUCAAGUGACUCUUCAUAUGCUUCAAAUUAUCGUGGUGCCAAUGUGCUACAAGACUCUUAUUUGAAGUUAAGAUGCGAGGUGGUAGGAGCUAACAUUGUCAAAAGUGGGUCUGGCAUGUUUGCUGUGUAUUCUAUUUCCGUGACCGAUGCCAAUGGUAAUAAUUGGUCCAUCAAGAGGAGGUUUCGUCAUUUUGAAGAGCUGCAUCGGCGUCUAAAAGAGUAUGCUCAGUACAAUCUUCAUUUACCUCCAAAGCAUUUCCUCUCAUCAGGUUUAGAGGUUCCUGUUGUUCGAGAGAGAUGCAAGCUGCUUGACAUAUAUCUGAAGAACCUUCUGCAAAUUCCUAUUGUUUCAAGCUGCAUAGAAGUCUGGGAUUUUCUUAGUGUGGAUUCACAGACAUAUAUUUUUGCAGACUCUCUCUCAGUUAUCCAAACAUUGUCAGUCAGUUUAGAUGAAAGAUCAAAUGGGAAAAAUAUAAAAGCAUUGAACUCUUCUGGAGCUUUGAAUGGGAAUUUAAUCUCUGGAGGUCAAUCUUUGCAUGGACAUAUAGACGACACUGUACAUAAGGAUUCGGACAUUGCUGGUGCUGGUUUGAGAUUUAGGAAAGGGAAUGUGAACAAGAACUUAGGAAACAGUGUUAGCCACACAACAGAUAGUGUUAGAGACACAACUGCCAAUCAUUAUCAGGACAAUUCUGGAAGUGAUCCAGAGCAGAAUGAUCAUUGCUUUUCAAUAGAUGCAGUAAAUCCUAAGAAGCUGCGUUCAAGUGAAACCAAUGACACAUCUCCAAUUUCAGAGUCUGAUGGAUUCUCGGUCUCUCCUAAUGAUUGGAUGGCCCCAAAUCUUAGUGUCCCCUUGUUUCAUCUUGUUGAUGUGGUUUUUCAGCUCCAAGAUGGAGGCUGGAUAAGGCGUCAAGCAUUUUGGGUAGCAAAACAAAUACUGCAAUUGGGAAUGGGAGACACAUUUGAUGACUGGCUUGUUGACAAAAUCCAAUUACUUAGGAAAGGGAGGAUAAUUGCUUUUACUGUUAAGCGUGUUGAACAAAUUCUCUGGCCUGAUGGAAUUUUCAUGACAAAACAUCCAAAGAGAAAAAUGUCUCCACCUCCUGGUGCUCAGAGCGAUGUCAUGGGAAACUAUCUAAGUGAUGAACAACGGAUAGAAGCUGCUCAUCGUGCAAAUUUUGUCCGUGAAUUAAUAAUAGAUAAAGCCCCAUCUCCACUGGUGAGUCUGGUUGGUCGAAAGGAUUAUGAGAGAUGUGCUCAGGAUAUCUAUUUCUUUCUUCAGUCCCCGGUUUGUUUGAAGCAGCUAGCGUUUGAACUCCUUGAGCUGCUUGUUCUUUCCGCAUUUCCGGAGUUGGAUGGCACUGUGAGGAAGUGGCAUGAAGAUAAACAGCAAUUCUGCGCCCAGUAA